GGAGAUUAGACCACUAUGCAACGGUAGACCGGUGGCUAGUAAGUCAGGUGUUAGUUCCUCGGCAAUAGAGGCGACGACCAACAACAGUCUAGUGAUAGUUGCUUUCCGAAAAUUUAAAGUUGUACAAUAAAAGAGUUCUACUCCGUAUAUCAAUUCCAAAUUUUGUCUCUGUCUUUGAUUUUGCCCACUUUUAGUACAUCACUAUAGAUUAUUGCCCAUCUGUGAUCCUUCCAUCCAAAUUUCCGACACUUCUCCAGUAAUUUUUAGGGUCAUAAAUAUCGACGAAAGGACCACAUGUGGACAAGAAAUGAUAGUCAUAUAUCAGAAGUGAUUAAAGACAAAUAUGUUAGACCAAUUGUAGAAUUGGUGCAACUUUGAAAAAAAAGUUGUAGAAUUGGUGCAAUACUAUACGGAUUGAAAGUGAAAUUUAUUUUUAAGUAAUCAUUUAUUGUAAUCCUAUUAUAAUUAUGGGCCUAUAAUGCCUAUUAAAAGAAAGAUGUUAAAUAUUGGUCCAAACUAAAAACAAUUCCAUCUCCAAAGAAACCUAGCGUACACCAGUUUUUAAACUAUUACGUAAAAUAAAAUAUAUGCAUGCCUAAUAAUGUCCGGAGCAUUUUUUUUUUUGCUCGAAGAAGUCUUAAUUCAUAGAAAUAGCAUUCAGCAAGGGUAACAAACUAGAGAAAAACCACAAAUAACCAUCCGCCCGUGGCCGAGACUAAGAGCUAUCCACCUGUAUACAAGCCGUAUAGUUCGCUAGACCAAUGGUGGGCAAUAAAGAGCUUAAGACGGUUACCGCAGAAACUUCCUCCCCCCGCCCUAAUGCCAAAGUCUCACAGUAAAUAAAAGAACAAAAACAACAAAACAUAAAGUAGCUGGAAUCACAAAAACCAAAACAGAGAACUGAAAAGACACCAAAACCAAAAUUCAUCUUCACCACCAGCCAGAAAGUUCUCGGCGGGUCUAGGAUAGCUGACCUGCCCCUUUCCCAUUUUUUGCCCAUCAAGAGCCAUCUCCUCUCCCAUCAAGCCUUCCUUCUCCUGGUCUUCCCACGUACGUCUUCUUUUCAGAUCCCCAUAUGGAUCUUCGUGUGCUCUCCCCCUGGAUCUCAGCCAGUGGAUCUCUGCAAGUCUUGGACUCCGUCGUGUGCUCUCCCCCUUGAUCAAGCUUUCUCUGACCUCCGUAACCCUCUGAGCUAGAGCCCCCAUCAGACAGCCAUUUAUUAAACCCUGUAGGGCUGGUCUUCACUCUGCCACUUGCUCGAAGACCCACUCCGUAGAGUUUUUUCAGCUAUAAAACCUUCCUCAUACUUUAAGGGACAGAAUUUAUCAGAAUGUCCAAUAAUACCACAAAUAAAACAGAAGUUGGGCAACUUUUCAAAUUUAAAGUCAACCCAAUGUUUUAUGCCAUCCUGUGUUAGAUUUGUGCCCCUUUUCAGGGGUUGGCGAACAUCCAUACUCACCCUUAUUCUCAAAUAAGAACUCUGCUUUCCAUCAAAAUCACUCAUCUCAUAUUUUAUGAAAGAGCCUAUAUAAUUACCAAUUCUUCUAGCAGAUCUUAAAUUUCUAUACUUUAUAGGGGCAUUAUGAACCUGUACCCAAAAGUUAGCCUCAAACAAAUUCAUAGAUUCAGGAAUAUCAUCAGGCUGAACAGCUUUCAUCAGGAUUAAAUCUCGUUCAUACAACCAAGGACCUUCCUCAAUGACUCGAUUCAUAUCAAGAACAUGAUUAAAAUUCAGCAAAUACCUGCGUUCGCCGAUCUCUUUGAUAGUCAUACCUUUCACAGGUUUCCACAGUGAAGUCAUUAAUUCCUGAAAGCCAGUAAGUUUAAUCUUCCGAUCCGUAAUGACCACUCCCACUGUCGGAAAUCUGGGUAGUUCCUGUUCUUCAGCAACUUCCUCUGCCAGAUCCUCAUCAAAAUUCAAUUCGCUCUCCUGAUCCCGCAUAGCCAUCUUCCUGUAAGAAUCCACCAGCCCUUCCAUCCGUCGACUUCCGUCGCCCUCCUCUGUCCCCCCUGCCGCGAUGCGAGCUCCGGAAUAGAAGUCGAGCGAAAAGCUCACAACCUGCCUGCACAACACGAUCUCCGGCCGGCAACAGCCAAAAUCGGAAUCCAAACCGCCCUAUCGGCGGAGGCGCUUAACCCCAGCGGCGUGAAUGCCCCAGGAGACAUUAGGGUUGUAUACGAAUCGAAUCAAGUCGAAUACUGAGAUUUUAUAUUUGUAUUUGUUUAAUUUUUUCGAAUACGAAUUCGAAUUCAAAUAUGCAACGAAUAUUAAUUUCGAUUUGUAUUUGUAUUUGUUUAACAAUACGAAUAGUUAACGAAUUAUAUACGAAUAUCGAAUCGAUUUGAUCAUAGGUUAAAUAUUAGUCAAAUACGGAGUAUCGCUUUAAAAUAACUUUUCUUAAACUCCGUAUUGUUUAUGUUGUAAAUGCAUGCUAUGACUUAAUAUGUGUUUUUAGAAUUUAAAUUUAUUGGAUCAUUGCAUUUUUAGAUGGUGCACAAUAUACUAAAGUGAAUUAAUUUUAUUAUUAAUAAAUAUAGAUCUACUUCAAACCUUUUGAAAUUAACACUAACACACACAUAUUAGAAAUUAUACUUAUAAUGUGUGAAAUAAGUUAAUAAUUGUAUAUAUCAAAGUCAAACAACUCUAAUUUUAUUCUUCAAAUCGAAUACAUAAUUAUUUGUAUUGUAUUUGAAAGACAUUUGAACCAAAAAAAUUGAUUUGUAUUCGUAUUUAUAUUCUGCUUUAUUACAAAUAGGCUUGAAAUUUGUAUGCAAAAAUGUAUAUAUGGGUUACACUUUGAGAGUAUUGCUAUCUUUUAAAAGUUAUUACAGUGUUAUUACUAUUUUUAUUAAUGUUGAUAUUAAUAUUACCAUUAUUAUUAAUCGAAUAUAUUUGAUUAAUAUUCGAAUCGAAUACACUGAUAUUCUUAUUUGUAUUUGAUAACAACUCGAAUCAAAUUUAAUAUUCUUAUUUGUAUUUGUAUUUGAAUUUUCCGAAUUCGAAUCGUCUUAUACAAAUUCGAAUCGCGAAUCGAGCACAAAUUAUUUGAUUCGUUUACCACCCCUACCUAUGAGGAACGAAGUUUUAGAGAGAUAAACUCUCGCUCCGUUUUUAAUGUCCGGAGCAUAUAUAAUUUAAAAAAGAGUUGAACAAUUAUAGAAAGAAAAACGCUCCCUAAUUACCAGUAAACCCCUUGUUCUGUAUUCUCCAUUUUCUUCAUCUGUUUAUCAUUUCUUGACUGCUCCGCUCACAGCGAUCGCAUAGUCAGAUAGGCGUUAUUUUCUUAGAAUCCUUCUUCCUCCUAUUUCCUUGGGUUUUCGAUUCUUUUAUGGCCUGUACAUGAUUUCGCAAUCUAUUUUUCUUGCCACAGAUUCUAGUACCAUGCUGAGUCAUCAAAAGAGAAGAACGUGACGAUUUUUCAGCCUUUUCACUUUCUGGAAGACUUCUUUCUUGAAUUAUGUGCACAUAGUUAGCUGAAUAGUUAAUUUGAAAGAUGGAAUCCAAGCAAAGUGUGAUUGCAAGGCUGAUAGGUUUUGAUGAGGCACUUCCUCCACAGCCUUUCUGUGAACAAAGAAUCUCAAGAAGGAUUCUGUCAGAAGAUUAUCUGCAAAAAAUGGCUUCUAUUGGUGUGUGGGAGAAUAGUUCAUUUUCAGUUAAGAAGAAUAGUGAUAGUUCAUUAGAAUAUGAUCAGCUUUUAGAAGCUCGGAGACAUUCAGAUCUUUGUAAGCCAUCUGGAAAAACUAUUGAAGUAAGACAUAGUUCCGUGCGGCAUCCUAAAAGUGACUUGCAAUGUCCCAAACAGAGCCAAAAACAUUAUGUUAAACUUGGAGAUGAAAGAAUUGUUAUUCCAGAGAAGAAGAGUGCGUCUAGAUUCUACAAGUUCAAACUUGGUCUUUCAAGAUCUUCAAGUGAAAGUCCUGAUUCUGCAACGAAAACAAUGUUCUCUCCUCUUACAAUGUGGAAGCUUCACUUAGACAGGAAUCAUUUAAUGGAUCCCCUCUAAACGUAAUGGUUCCUUUGAAACAUACCACAAUUGACCAAAAUUCUCCUAAGGAACUAAAUCAAAGCAGCCCAAAUUCAGUUCUCGAGCCACACUUUAAGGGGAUGAAACUUCCAAAAUCUGAAUGCUUUGAAGCUCCUGUUUUAGAUUUACAUAGUGUGGUAGAGCAGCUUGAGCUUCUUGAAAACAAUUCAGAGGAAACGUACUCUGAAGCAUCUGAAAUGGCCCUUUCAGUUGCUGAAAAUGCAGAAAAAAGGGAAUCAUUUUAUUCCUCUCAAGAACAGCUCGGGUUAUUUAGCAGUGAAGAAAGUAGAGACUUCUCUUACCUAGUAGACAUUUUGGACGAGGCACGUCUGAACUUUGAAGUGGACUUGGAAACAUGCGAUUCUUUGGAAUUCCCUAUAAACCCAUUAUUAUUUGAGGCCUUAGAGAUGAAAUAUGGUAAGCAGGUGUGUUGGUCUAAGCCUGAAAGGAGGCUUUUAUUUGACCGUAUAAAUUCAGGGUUGAGUCAGAUUUUGAAUUCUUUUAUGGAUAUCCAUAUUGUGUCUAAGUCCUUGAAGAUGAGCUUCUAUCCAACAUUGAGAAGAAGCGAAGUCGAGGAAGAAUUGUGCGUGUUGCUGGUUAGUGAAGAAAAGGAAGCAAGAAAGGACAUGUCUGAGAAGGGACUCGGGGUAGAAAGGAAUUGGUUGAAAAUGGAAAGAGAAAGAGAGAUAUGUGUUAUAUGUGAGGAAUUGGAGAAUUGCUUGUUCAUCGAACUAGCAUCAGAAUUAUAUUGCGUUUGAUAGUUAGAUUUUUUUAUUGAUUUUUCUUUCUACAUUUACAUCCAUUUUUUCAGGUCAUAUGCAACAUUGAAUUGCGGUUUUGUUCAUUACAUGCUAUAAGAUGAAUACAUUUGUAUAGGGAUAGACUUGGAAUAAAACACAAUUACAUUUA